GCGACCAUGCUUAGUUCAUUGUUUGAUCUUCGUCAGUUAAUGACAGGGGCUACAAGGUGACUUCUGGCUAUUAAAAAUUUUCACAAGUCGUGUGAAUAAUUUUAUUGGUGAACCAUGGGAGCAGAUCAGAGCCAACUUUCCCUAAAUGACAACGUGAAACAGAACAGCGUUGCAUUUUUUAUCAAUGGCAAAGAAUACAAUGUUAAAACGGAUGCUGACAAAAUUGGUCCAAAUUCCCUACUCGUGGACUUCAUUCGAGACAAGGCUGGACUCACCGGGACAAAAUACAUGUGCAGAGAAGGUGGAUGUGGGGCUUGCGUGGUGUCUGUAAAAUCUCGAGAUCGCACCGAGAUCCGUGCCGUGAAUUCUUGCAUGACUCCGGUCCUGUCCUGUGACGGCUGGGAAAUUACAACCGUUGAGGGGCUCGGCAACAAGAAAGAUGGAUAUCACCCAAUCCAGCAACAGAUCGUCAAGUUUUCGGCUACCCAAUGCGGGUUCUGUACUCCCGGCAUGGUAAUGAAUAUGUACAGUUUGCAGCAGUCAAACCCAAUUUUUAAAACGCAAGAUGUUGAAGAUUCUUUUGACGGGAAUAUGUGUCGUUGUACUGGAUACCGUCCUAUUAUGGAUGCCUUUAAAGCUCUUGCUAGUGACGCAUCUGAGGAAUUAAAAAGAAAAGCGGCCGAUGGAAAUUCGGCAUGUAACGGCUGCCCCAUGAAAAUAAACUGUUGUCAGAACAAGGACAAGGAUAUUGAGGACAUCGAAUGUUGCACUGGUCUUUCACAGAUUUACGUCAAACUCAAAUCUGGCGAAGAAUGGAUUACUGCCACCUCGUUGGAUGACGUUUACACGGCUUUGCAGCGAUUUACCGAGGGAGGCAUGAAGUAUCGGAUCGUGGCUGGAAACACGGGGACAGGCGUUUUUAAGGAUGACGGCCCAUUCUCUGCCUUCAUCGAUAUUAAUUCAGUCCCCGAGUUAAAGCGGAGCAUGAUCGAAACUUCCGGUGUGAAGAUUGGAGCAAAUGUCACUCUUUGUUAUGCCAUAGACCAGCUACAAAAGGCGUCUGAAAUUGACGGGUAUGCGUUUUGUGCACAGAUGAGUAAGCACCUGAAGCGGGUUGCUAAUGUGCCAAUUAGAAAUACAGGAACGUUAAGCGGAAAUUUGAUGAUGAAACACACUCAUCGAGACUUCCCUUCCGACAUAUUUAUGCUACUGGAGUCAGUGGGGGCUAAACUUCUCAUAGGAGCGUCUCCCACGGUAUCGAAGGAGUACAGCAUGAUAGAAUUUAGAGAGUUAGACAUGCGGGGAAAGUUGAUACUUUCCAUAAUUCUUCCGGCUUACAAAGGAGGAAAUUACUAUCUCAAGACCUACAAGAUUACGCGGCGAUAUCAAAAUUCGCAUGUCUACGUGAAUGCUGGAAUUCUUAUUAAAGUCGACACCAAGAAGAAUUUCAAUGUUUUGGAAAAACCUCGCAUUGUAUUUGGCGGAAUUUCGGCCGAUUUUCUAACUAAUACAAACCAAGCAUCAAGCAUCAAAUUUAAUUAUUUACCAAUAACAAUUGAUGAUAGCAAUGUCCCCAAUUUUCAUAUUUUUGCAGGUACAUGCCUCACAAACGGAAAACUUUCCGUUGGUAAAGAUUUAAAUAAGGGAACCCUUACGAGCACGAUGGAUACUUUGGAAGCUGAACUAAAACCAGACGAAACUCCGACGGAUGGAUCCCAAAUUUAUAGAAAAACUCUGGCGCAAUCCUUACUUUACAAGGCAAUCCUCUCCAUUCUUGGAGAGUCGGUAAAAUCAUCCGUAAAAUCUGGUGGACAGGAUUUGGAACAUGGUCCAAUGAGUGGGAAGCAGACUUUCGAGUCGGACCAAAAAGAAUGGCCACUUUACCAACCAAUUCCCAAACUCGAAGCGGAUGUCCAAGCUUCCGGCGAGGCUGAAUAUAUAAAUGACAUUCGCCCUGAGUUUGGAGAUCUCUUUGGAGCUUUUGUCGUCACAACGGUCGCCAAUGCCACCAUUUCCAGUAUAGACGCGUCAGAAGCGCUGAUGACUCCAGGUGUGGUAAACUUCCUCCAAGCUAAAGAUAUUCCAGGGCCCAAUAACUAUACUAUAUUUUACCCAAUUGCUGAAGAGAUCUUUGUGAAAGACAAGGUUCACCACGCGGGGCAAUCGGUAGGCCUAAUUUUAGCCGAGAGUCGCACCAUUGCAUUAGAAGCCGCCAAGAAGGUCAAGAUUGUGUACAGCGACGUGAAGAAACCGGUCCUCGAUAUGAAGGAUUCACUCAAGCUGGCUGAGAAGAAGGGUGAAAAUUGUAUCUUCGAAAUUCGGAAGACUCCUUCAGACAAAAAUGCAUUUGCUAAUGCGACACAAACCAUCAAAGGCGAAUUCCGUGUUGGACCGCAGUAUCACAUGUACAUGGAGACGCAAACAUGUAUCUGCGUCCCGAGAGAGGAUGGGAUGGACGUAUUUUGUUCUACCCAGUAUUCAGACAUGGUCCAAGCCGUUGUAUCUUCCGCCAUCCAAAUGCCGAAUCAUAACAUUAACCUUAUUGUAAGACGACUGGGAGGGUCGUACGGUGGAAAAAUAUCAAAAUCAUGCCUCAUUGCUGGAGCCUGUGCGGUUGCGGCGCACGUGACAAAUCGACCCGUUCGCCUAAUUCUGGAUUUGGAGACCAAUAUGAAAAUGAUUGGAAAGCGACUUCCGUACUUGACCACGUAUGAAGCAAGCGUCGAUGAUUCUGGAAAUAUCGUUAGUUUGAAAGGCUCCAUAUUCUGUGAUCCGGGGUAUACUCCGAACGAGACGACUUCAUUCUUGGCAUCGAUCUUCAUGCAAAACUGUUAUCGUGCCAAAGGGUGGGAAAUGACUCCUGGACGAGCCUUGACGGAUAAACCAUCCAACACAUUUUGCAGAGCCCCAGGAACCCCACAAGGAAUUGCAUCUAUAGAGGCGAUUAUGGAACAUAUAGCUCAUGUUUUAAAGAAGGACCCAGCGGAAGUAAGAGCCACAAAUUUCAUCAAAGCCGGUGACCCACUCGUAGGCCUUCCUGGACAAACUUUCCAAGGUGAAAAUCCCCUCAGUAAAAUCAUCGAUGAUCUUAAAACCUCGGCAGAUUAUGAUGACAGGAAAAAGUUUGUCGAGAAUUUUAACAAUACAAACAGGUUCCGGAAACGUGGGAUGCAUUUAAUGCCCAUGCGAUAUCCGCAACACUAUGCCGAAUUUGAUUCUCAGUUUCCAGUCUUUAUUUCCGUGUAUCGUAUGGAUGGUUCGGUGGCUGUGAGUCACGGAGGAAUUGAAAUGGGACAAGGGAUCAAUACAAAGUGUGCCCAAACCGUUGCAAAGUUUCUGAACGUUCCACUGGAGAAAGUUCGCAUAAAGCCGACAAGUAGUUUGGUAUAGCCGAAUGCUUCCAUGACUGGAACAGCUAUGGGUAGCGAGCUGGUGUGUCAUGCUGCGAUGAAAGCGUGCGAAAUCCUGUUGAAAAAAAUGGAACCAAUCCGACAGGAAAUAAAAGAUCCAACUUGGGAGAAGGUGGUGACAGCGUGUUACAAUAAACAUAUCCUUCUGACGGCUCAAUAUCAAGACAUACCCGGUGAGCUGAAAGGUUACGAUAUCUGGGCCGUUUGUCUAACUGAAGUUGAACUCGAUGUGCUCACCGGUGAAUACAAGAUCGUUCGAGUGGAUCUGGCUGAAGAUGCUGGUAUGAGUCUUUCUCCUGAAGUGGGCAUUGGCCAAAUAGAGGGUGCCUUCGUCAUGGGUUUGGGACUUUGGACGACGGAGAAACUCAUCUAUGACAAGAAUACUGGAGAAAUUCUCACCAAGAAUACUUAGGGAUACAAACCACCAUUCGUCAAAGAUAUACCAGAGGAUUUCAGGAUUACAAUGAUCAAAAACAGGCCAAACCCUUUAGGAGUCUUAAGAUCCAAGGCAACUGGAGAACCUCCUUUGUGCCUCAGUGUUAGCGUUCUCUGGGCCCUCAAGAAUGCGAUCGAUUCUGCAAGGAAAGAUGCUGGAAAUACAGAUUGGUAUCAGAUCAAUGGGCCACUCACGCCGGAAGAUAUUCAACAACUCGCUCUCAUGGAUAAGAAACAAUUUGACAUUUAAUCUGCAUGACUUGCAUUAAGUUGAACUUUUCAUGUAUGUACAUAUAUAUUUUGGGUUCUGUGG